CACAAGGUGUCUUUACACAUCUCUUGCUGCUUUAGCUCCCCAAUGGGGAGCUCCACUCCAGCCAAUGGGCGAAGCUGCAGUAGUAGCUACACUACUCGCUUCCAGUGGUCAAUGGCUCGCUGAGCGAUAUUGGCUCCAGGCGGAGAUUGGCCUCACACUGGGCGCUUUCUCUCGCACCCUCUGGGACGCCCGGGCGAACGCCGGUCACCGCGGCCCUUCGCACUCGCCGGGCGCAUGCGGCAUCGGGUCGGAGCCGAGGGAGAACGCGGAGAUCCACGGCGUGCAGGGGGAGGAGACGGUUCCACAGCAGCCGGUUCCGGAAGUGACUUUGGGCGACGCGGAGUCGGGUUCCAUCUCGGAGAGGUGUGCGGACGAAGAGGUGGAUGGGCUGAAGGAAGUUGUUGGAGUUGCAGAAGCCGCUCGACCUUUGGAAGACUUAUUCCUCACACAGGACGACCUGGAAUCGACUCUGCACAUGGCUCACCCGACAUCGACUUCCCAGGAUUUGGUGCCGUCCGCAGAGCCCACGGAGCCGGACUUGGCAGAUCCUCCAGCCAUCUCUGAGGAAGCUCUCCAUCCGUCGCGUGACAAGAACCAAGCAUGCAAGAAGCGAAAACGACCCGGUUUGAUGAACUCGGUGGAUGGUUUCGGCAAGAGACUACGACUCCAUUCAAGUUCCUUCAGGUCCAGUAGGAUGUGUGGCGUACACAUUCUCGUGCACGGUCAUCGUCGGCCAUGAACGUGAUCGAGAGGUGAGACCAGUGUGAUCGAGAGGUUGGCCACACGGUUUGGGUGUUUCGAGAGGUUGCUAAUGUCAGAUUAUGUACAAUAUCGUCGGCCUUGUGACAAUCUGCUUGGCCUUGCGUCAUCGAUAAGAAGUCGUUCUUGCGGGGGAGUUCAAGACGAAAAGAGCUCGCUUUUCAGAGGCAAGCAGUUCCAGACUAUAGGGAUUAAGCUGCUGUGACCAGACAAACCAUGAACUCAGUUUGCACUUGACAUGUGAAGGCUUCUUGAGGCCGCGUCGGCCUGCCUGAUAUUUCAUGAAGAGAGUCAAGAGAGUUGGUUUGCCAACCGACACAGCCUUUGCAGUUCAAGUUGUUGGCCUCCACUCCGUUUCGCUCCCUUGGCAUGAUGGCGCGGGCACUUCUGGCCAUGCUCAGUGGUGGCAUCGUGGUUGUUGGGGGAACCACGACUACAACGACUCAAUCACUGGGACUUCCUCAGUGGGAUGAGAUUACUGCUCAAGAUGAGAAUGUGUCGGCAGUGGAAAAGCUGGAUGUGCUCGACGCAAGCACUUGGACGGUGCCGGCACGAGUAGGAUUUUGCCCUGUCCAUCAGCCAGCGCAAAUCGCCGUGACGGAUGGCAACGUGGAGAUCGACACCACGUUGAACCAGAGCGUGAUAUACAGCAUCGUGGAGGGGCAGCUGCCUCAAGCCGCUUUGAGCAGCGACUUGAGCAAGUAUGAUGGCCUGGAGAUGGCCUUCAGCAACAGCAAGGUGAGCCACUUCAAGGUGCGCCUGAGCGAUUCCAGGCAAGAGGUGCGAUUUAUCGCGGCAGUGAAGGUGAACAAUGACGGUCCUCACAAUUUGUGGUUGAAGUGGAGUGACUUUCAUGGUGAAGAGCUCAUGAUGCGAGGUCUUCGUCCCUGUGAGGAGACCUCCGCAUGCCGCAACAUCAUGCCAGCGACCUUGUCCUCCAUCGCGGUGCUGCUACCGAUUUCAAGCGAAGAGGCACCUGCCAAGUUCACCAUUCAAAGGUUAACCCUUGACAUUCUGCAGCGAGGAGGUCAGAAUGCAACAGACUCCACAGACUUGCGACCUUCCUCAGAGGCGCAAGAGAUUUGGUUCGAGACUACGAACGCCAAUAGUAUGAUCAGCUUCGCCCAGAACUUGAACCUCGGUGUUUGGAGUAUGCUCAGUGUCCUGAGCUUCAUGAGCAUGGCGUAAGCUUUGCUUUGCUGUUUUCUUCGCGGCUUGCCCGUUGGUUGGGGAAGGUUCACCCCAAGCCAAGAGCACUUGGACCAUGGAACGCCACAGUGACCAAGUCAACUUUGUGGCCCAUGACUUUUUCGCCCUGUUUUUCUGCUCGCAGGGCCCAGGGUCGGCUGCAGAUCCAGACUUAAGAGAUCAGACCCAGAAUUGCCUGGCGAUGAA